UUUUGAACGUCGAACGGGCAGCUCACAGCGACUGACUUGCGAGCUUCGACCUAGCCUCAACAGAAAGUUUUUACUAAAAGCUAUACGACGGGGGCGUUCUCCAUUUUUGCUGCUCGCACUUUUAGUGCGAUGAGGUGUUUUGGUUCAGGGCGAACAGAGCAAGAACGGGAAGAACACAAGCGACAGAAACACAACAGCAAGGAAAUUGAAAAACAGUUGAAAAAGGAUAAAUUAACAUUUCGUGCCACACAUCGCCUCCUUCUGCUUGGUAACAUAUUAAACGUCUUUCGUUGUUGUUUUAUUGACCUUACAUGUUGGCUAUGGCUUGGACUAUCGAUCGCCAUUUAUAUCUAUUCUUUAUUCUCGUUAAGGUGCUGGCGAAUCUGGCAAGAGUACUAUUGUCAAACAGAUGCGAAUUCUUCAUGUCAAUGGCUUCGAUGAACUGUAAGUCGGCGCUUUCCUUCUCGAUUUUACAUCGCUUUGCUGGGCACUCGGCCGGUUAUGAUGGCGAAAUUUUGCCACUCAUCGGCGGCCCGAUGCCUCGUUGGUUUACCUAAAUCUCACACGAGAUGUAUGUUGUCAUAUUUUAGCGAAAAGAAGCAGAAAGUUGAAGAUAUCAAGCGAAAUAUUCGCGAUGCAAUAUUGGUGCGUAUGAACUCAAAUUAGUGUCCAUAUUAUACGAGUUUUGCAAAGCGGCAGACGAGCGAUCUCGGUGCAACGAAAUCGCUCGUCUUGCCCAGAAUAUAAGCUAAAGAACAUUUCUUGCAUUUCUAGACCAUUACAGGGGCUAUGAGCACUCUUACACCGCCUGUUAAGAUAGGAGAUCCGAAUAAUCAAAGUCAUGUUGACUACAUACACGAAGUAGCCACAGCAGCCGAUUUUGAUUACCCGUCGGUGAGUGAAGAUCGCAUAUUUUUGUGUUUUUCUCUGCGAAACGGCCGUGAUUUCUACAAAAUACACGUCUCUGGUAUACAUGCUUGCUUUCUGGGCGAAAAUCUAGCGAGAAUUGGGUGUAAAAAGCGGUAAAUAUCGCCCCAAUUGUUGCGAGAGAUUUGUAGCCCUCGAGUUGGCAUGUAGACCAUAGCGACACGGCAGCUUCCAAGGGAAGAGAACCUUUUGUUCUUCGUUGUUUCAAUUAAGCGCUCGCGAACAAUUCGUUGUGUUUUGUAGGAUUUUUUCGACGGCACUAUCAUUUUAUGGCAGGAUAGCGGCGUUCAGGAGUGUUUCGAACGAUCCAACGAAUACCAACUCAUAGAUUGUGCACAAUAG